AUGCAGGGCUCCAUGGCUUCUUCCCUCUUUUCUCUGUCUUCAUUAGUUACAACGCUUAAAGCUCAAAGACAAAGACCCGCUAUUCUUCAUUGCUCUAAUUUCAUUCAACCUAACUUAACCCUCAAAUUUCCCAGAUUGGGGAUUUCUUAUUCAAAAAGAAAGGAAUCAAGACAGGUUUCCCCUGUUGUGAUUUCUUGUUUGGUUGAAGAUAAUCCUGAAGCGUGUCAAGAAUUGGAAGGAUCUUCUGGCUCUCAUGAAUCAAAUCCCGGAGCAACAAUAGACCUCAAACUCCCAAGAAGAAGCUUGUUAUUACAUUUUACCUGCAAUUCUUGUGGUGAAAGAUCAAAAAAGCUCAUAAACAGAUUAGCUUAUGAAAAAGGGACAGUUUUUGUACAGUGCACAGGGUGUUUGCAGUAUCACAAACUUGUUGACAAUCUGAAUCUUGUGGUUGAAUAUGAUUUAAGGGAGGAAAUAGAUACAAGUUCUGAUACAACAGAUCAAGUUUAAGAAAUCAACAUGAGUUUAGAUUUAUAUUGUAAAUUUUGAUCUGGAUUUUGCUAUAGCAUAGAUAUAUUUAUUUGCAAGGAGUUUUGAAUCAUAUAAUGUUUGGAAAACAUAGAACUUGAUAAAAGGAGAAUCCAUUGAACAAAAAUGCUAACUUUUAAUUACAUAGAAUUAAGAAUCUUCAUCGG